ACGUGAGACGCUCGCUAGCUCGCGCGCUCCUCGGGCGGGGCCAAGGGGGAGGGGGCGCCGGGUAUCUGAAAGGGGCAGAAGCAGAGGCGGCGGCCGAAGAUGGCGGGGUGCAGGGGCGUCCUGUGCUGCUGCUGCCGCUGGUGCUGCUGCUGCGGAGAGCGCGAGAGCCGCACCCCAGAGGAGCUGACUAUCCUUGGAGAAACACAGGAGGAAGAUGAUGAGAUCCUUCCCCGAAAGGACUAUGAGAGUUUGGACUAUGAUCGUUGUAUCAAUGACCCCUAUCUGGAAGUGCUGGAAAGCAUGGAUCAUAAGAAAGGUCGAAGGUACGAGGUGGUGAAAUGGAUAAUGGUGUUUGCUAUUGGAGUCUCCACCGGCCUGGUGGGCCUUUUUGUGGACUUCUUUGUACGACUCUUCACCCAGCUCAAGUUCCGAGUUGUGCAGACUUCGGUUGAGGAGUGCAGCGAGAAAGGAUGCCUUGCCCUCUCCCUCCUGGAGCUUCUGGGCUUUAACCUGACGUUUGUCUUCUUAGCCAGUCUGCUUGUCCUGAUUGAGCCAGUGGCAGCCGGUUCUGGAAUUCCAGAGAUCAAAUGCUACCUGAAUGGCGUGAAAGUACCAGGCAUUGUCCGUCUCCGAACCCUGGCGUGCAAGGUUUUGGGAGUGCUUUUCAGCGUGGCUGGAGGGCUUUUUGUAGGGAAGGAAGGUCCCAUGAUCCACAGUGGUGCAGUUGUGGGUGCUGGACUCCCUCAAUUCCAGAGCAUCUCUUUGCGGAAAAUCCAGUUUAACUUCCCCUAUUUUCGAAGUGACAGAGACAAGCGAGAUUUUGUGUCAGCUGGUGCAGCUGCAGGUGUUGCCGCAGCUUUUGGGGCCCCCAUUGGGGGCACCCUCUUCAGCUUGGAAGAGGGGUCAUCCUUCUGGAACCAGGGACUCACUUGGAAAGUGCUCUUUUGUUCCAUGUCUGCCACAUUCACCCUGAACUUCUUUCGCUCUGGAAUCCAGUUUGGAAGUUGGGGUUCCUUCCAGCUCCCUGGGUUGCUGAAUUUUGGGGAGUUUAAGUGCUCUGACUCUGAUAAAAAAUGUCACCUCUGGACAGCUGUGGAUUUGGGUUUCUUCAUCGUGAUGGGGGUCAUUGGGGGCCUCCUUGGAGCCACAUUCAACUGUCUGAACAAGAGGCUUGCAAAGUACCGUAUGCGAAACGUGCACCCGAAACCUAAGCUUGUCAGAGUCUUGGAAAGCCUGUUGGUAUCCCUGAUGACCACGGUUGUGGUAUUUGUUGCUUCCAUGAUUUUGGGAGAGUGCCGGCAAAUAUCCUCUACAAGUCAGAGUGGUAAUGACUCCUUCCAGCCACAGGUUACUUCAGAAGAUGUGAAUGCAAGCAUCAAAACUUUUUUUUGUCCCAAUGAGACGUACAAUGACAUGGCAACGCUAUUCUUCAAUCCCCAAGAAUCUGCCAUCCUGCAGCUCUUUCACCAAGAUGGCACUUUCAGCCCCAUCACACUGGCCUUGUUCUUGGUCCUCUACUUCUCCCUCUCAUGUUGGACCUAUGGCAUGUCAGUGCCCAGCGGCCUCUUCGUGCCCUCCCUGCUCUGUGGAGCUGCAUUUGGACGCUUAGUCGCCAACAUUCUGAAAAGCUACAUUGGAUUGGGCCACAUCUAUUCAGGGACCUUUGCCUUGAUUGGCGCUGCAGCUUUCUUGGGUGGUGUAGUCCGAAUGACCAUCAGUCUUACCGUCAUCCUGAUAGAGUCCACCAAUGAGAUCACUUACGGGCUUCCCAUUAUGAUCACCUUGAUGGUGGCCAAGUGGACCGGGGACUUCUUCAACAAAGGCAUUUACGACAUCCACGUGGGCCUUCGGGGGGUGCCGCUUCUCGAGUGGGAGACGGAAGUGGAAAUGGACAAGCUCAGAGCUAGCGACAUCAUGGAGCCCAACCUGACGUACGUCUACCCACAUACUCGCAUCCAGUCUCUGGUCAGCAUCCUGCGAACCACAGUCCACCACGCGUUCCCUGUGGUGACAGAGAAUCGGGGCAAUGAGAAGGAGUUUAUGAAAGGAAACCAGUUGAUCAGCAACAACAUAAAAUUCAAGAAAUCCAGCAUUCUUACCCGGGCUGGUGAGCAGCGCAAAAGGAGCCAGUCCAUGAAAUCCUACCCAUCGAGUGAGCUUCGUAACAUGUGUGACGAGCACAUAACCACAGAGGAGCCGGCAGAGAAGGAGGAUCUCCUGCAGCAGAUGCUGGAGAGGAGAUACACGCCCUACCCCAACCUGUAUCCUGACCAAUCUCCCAGUGAAGACUGGACAAUGGAGGAACGCUUCCGCCCUUUGACCUUUCAUGGCCUGAUUCUUCGAUCACAGCUCGUCACAUUGCUGGUCCGAGGAGUUUGCUAUUCUGAAAAUCAGUCAAGUGCUAGCCAGCCGAGGCUGUCCUAUGCCGAGAUGGCUGAGGAUUAUCCCCGAUAUCCGGACAUCCACGACCUGGACUUGACCCUGCUGAACCCACGGAUGAUUGUGGAUGUUACCCCAUACAUGAACCCAUCACCAUUUACAGUCUCACCCAAUACUCACGUCUCACAAGUCUUCAAUCUGUUUAGAACAAUGGGCCUCAGACACUUGCCAGUGGUGAACGCGGUGGGGGAGAUUGUUGGGAUUAUUACCCGGCACAACUUGACCUAUGAAUUUCUCCAAGGAAGACUAAGACAGCACUAUCAGACCAUGUGACCCCCACCGACUCAGUCACCAACUCCAAGGCAGCCCUUCCUCUCCUGGGGAGAGCCACGGGGUGACUCCUUCACAUUCUGCCCUGGACCUCCGCUCUUCCCAGGGCAUGGAGGAUUCACCAGUUGGUUUUACCCACGUGCACGCAAAGCUGGAAUUGUCCAACAUUGUGCUGGUCAUAGAUGUGAGGGGUUUUAGAUAGCAGCAGAGAUGCUGCCUAGCAGAGAGCCUUCCCCCUGCCUGGUACCUUCUCAUGCCCCUCUUGCUUUCCUCCUCACCAUCAGAUGUUUGCACAGGCCCCUGGCUCUUCCUUCAACUCUGCCUGGGGACCAGAGGUUCAAAUCAAUCCCUGAUGAGCCAUGUCCUACUCACUAGAGGAGGAAGCUUAGAGCAUUUCAUCCCAUGCACUCCUCAUUGCAGCUUUCCUUCUGCAGCCGAUGCCUUAGUUGAGGAAAGGGGAGUUGGGCUUCGGCAGGCACUGUAGUACUGCCAGCUAUAAAAUUAAAUGAAUUACUAAUUUGAGAAAGUGAGAACCUUACAGAAAUUCCUUCUCAAUAUGUAAUUCUUAACUUGGUCAUCUCUUUAAUUUUUAAAGACCACUUUCAUGCUUUCUUGGAGUCAGCAAGUGUUCUGUGGUCCUUGGGCUUGUGUUUGUUGCUAGCACAUUCCAGAAGCACAGUGAAUUAGAACCUUAGUCCUGGUGUUAGAAAGGGUUUAAUUUCACAGGGAGGAUGUAAAUGUAUGCACGCCCUCAGCAGGGAGUCAGUUUAGGGGCGGAGCUUCUCCCUUCACAUCCAUCUUGCAGUUCACCUCCACCCUCCAUGUUUCCAGUUGCCUUUGGCCCUUUUAUGAUUUUGUCUUGCCCUGCCUAUGUGAAGCUAGUAGAUGGGAUUCUCUCACCCUUUUUCCUCUUCAAAGAUAACUAAGCAAAAGCAUCUUUAGCUCCACCAGAUUUCUUGGUGAAGCAGCCCAAAGGAAUUUAGCAUCACCCAAAGUUAGCUGAGAACAGGGCACCCUUGGGUCAGAUUGUCUCACUUGAGUCUGAAAUUAUGUCGGAUUUUUACACAGUGGCAGACAUUACCUAGAUGGGCUAGUGCUUUAACUCCUGACCGCUCUUAGGUGUGUACAGAGUCAGAGAAAUGAAAGGCGAGACCUAAUUUGUGCUGCUGGGCACUUCUCAUCCUCCCACUGAGGGCUGAGGGGCUCUGGAUCAGAUGUGCCCCUGCCACGUCCUCCCCAGCCAUGCUCACACUCUCCCCUGAGUUCUGCUGGCAGCACAGGUAGAUGGAGGUCACCCAGACUUCUCCCCUCCCUGACAGCGCAUAGACUUUAGCUUCUCCUUUAGGCUCUGGGUUAAAGGCAUUAUACACAGCAGGCAGCCUCAUCUCCUCUGGUGGCUGUUACUUAUUCCAGUUCCAUUGCAGCUGCACCUUCUUGGAGCAGUGCACCUGAGGAAAUCAGCCCCUGGUGGCUGGAACCUCUCCUGCUGCCUUUCAGCCAUCUUCUGAUCUAACUGCCCACUUGAUACUUAUCUUCUCUUUGAUUCACGGUAUCAUGAAUGGCAUCCUCUGGUAUUUUAGUGUUUUCCUCCUCCCUUGAAGGUGAGCUGAAGGCUUGCUUCAGCUUCUCUCUCCCUCCAUCACUUCUCUGGAGGUGUGGACUGAGGUUCAGAUGGUCAGACAUUGCUCCAGUUUGGGAAGUGGGGUCAGCCCUGGCUCGUAGUUCUUUCCUUAAAAUCAGCACAUUUGAAAAUAAAUUUCCCUCAAGAGCAGGAUGCUCUUGAGAAUCUUGUGCAUCUGACUUGGAUUCACUCUGCCCAAGGUUCUUUAUCACUUUGACCAAAAUUACUAUAACUUGUUUCUAAAUUACUCAUUUUUUUCUGGGUGCAGUGGAGAAGAAAUUCCCCAUCAUCCAGGAAAUUUCUAGGACCAAAAUGCCGGAUCCCUUUAAAUGGGGUAUCUCCGUCUGAUUGAUUGUGAAUUCAGCUAACUGUUGUGGCCAACACCCCUUUAACAUGUGAGAGUCCAGAUGCUGUAGUAACAUACUAGUUUUCAUUUUCUUUUUUCAUCCUUUUCUUUUUUCAAAAUCUCAUUAAGAUUUACUAAGAGCUUUGGAAACCUAUUGCACUACAACGACUGCACAAGCGAGGAGAAUUGCACUCUAUUGAACAGGAGUUUUGCCCUCAUGUUUUUCUUUCCCAUCUACCUCUCACAGCUGACAUGACAGGUUCUCCUUUAAGUCUGUCUUCUCAUCUGGACAGCAAAUCCAUAUGGCCAUGUCUUGAGGCUACUCCAGGCAAUUUCCAAUCCCAGUGCACAGACUGUCAGAGUGUGUGAUCAAACACCACCAGGAAAGGUUUUUCUGCAAUCACUGUGUCCUAAAAGCAAACGAUGGUGGAGUCAGAGCUAACCAAGACCAGAGCACCCCAGAUCAUUCUUCAUGGAGAAUGCCAGAGCCCUCUGGGGCCCUACGUUCUUUUUCCUGACUUUGUGUCUCUGUAUCAUCCUCUUUUUGAAAGCCUGAAGGCAACAGCUUCUCCACCUCCAAGAGAGGGAAUGUGAACCUCACUGCUUCAAGUCCCCAUCAGGCAUCUGCUCUGUGGAAGAAACCAGCAUUUUACACCUUCAACACAGCUUCCAGGCACUGCGGGCUGUGUGGACUGGCACCUUUACAUAAGUACCACAGUGUAAGAGGAUUAUUCUUUGGCUUUUAUCCCUAACGUGACAUUCCAAGAUUCCCCACAUCCAAGGUUUUCUCUCACUCAACAUGAAAGGAGACAGAUAAUGAAGCCACACUCUCUGGCUGAAGACCUAAUCAGCUCAUUUGCUUAUUUUAACUAACAGUUUCUGACUUAGAGCUGAUAGCUAAAAGAAAUUGUGUUUCUGGAUAUUGCUGUCUGUGAUGCUGUUCUGAUGCAGAUCUAAGCAAUGAUGUGCGCCCAUCAAUGGGACAGUCUUAGGGAAAGGGCUUUUGGGGCCCCUCCUGAGAACCUGUGCAGUGUUAAUGUGCAGUAUUGCCUUGCAACAGUCAUUUCAGUGGUAACAUUUUUUUUUGUUUGCACUGUUCGUUUUUAAAAUAACGUAAGCUAAUUCCGUUGUGUAUAUAUAGUAUUUUUUUUAAUUUGUACAAAAAAUAUUUUUAUUUGAACUUUUGGCACUUGGAAGUACUCAUUGUAACCACAACAUGUCAAAGAAUAAAAUGUCCUAGUCUGUGUCCUUCA